AUGUACGAAGGGAUUGACAACCUGAAAUCCCUUUACGACCGUGCCGGGAAGACUUUCUCCGGCGGUCCUUCUGCGGCACAGGAUGUGCCGCGUCGUACUGCUCAACCAGACCCAGUACGUCGAUCAUCAGUUGGGAGCGGGGCUCCCAAGUAUCCCAGGACGGGGAAAGCCGCGCCACCGGACGAGAUAACUCGUCCGACGUCCGUUCACGUCGCGGUGGUUCAACAGCUGCUCAACUAG